AACACUGCCAGGUUUGCUAUUUUCAACAAGUACUAGAGUGCGGAAAAUUAAAUGUUUUAGCCCUGCAUAGCAGCUGCGAGCAUCAUCGUGUUCAUGAUGAUUAGAGCACAAACUAUCGUGGCUCGUACACCAAAUGCGCUUCUUGCUUCUCUUGAUCGUUUUCAUUUGCAGUCCAAAGCGAAAGGUGGUACGUUCCUAUUUGCUCUUUCCGCUCCCUUAGAUGCUCUGUCUGUCAUAACAUCACAUCUAAAAUCUCAUUUUCCUCGUCAUAUCGGGUGCCUAUCGUCCCCGCUACCGGCGUACCAUUCGCACAUCAUGUGUGCUGUCGCUCUGCUAAAUGGGAUUACAUUCCGAUCGACGAUUGCUGGUCGCGCUGAUCCUCAGGUUGGCCGAUGGCAUGCUGCGAGGCACUCGAGUACACAACAACUACCCGCAGCACAGUCGAGUGUUUUCGAGGAAUUUAACGGAGAUGUGGGCAAAGUCAACUGGGAGGAUAUAUGGGAUAGGACUGCCAUGUCUGCUCAGGAGAUGAUACCUGUGGAACUGAGAACGGCGAGGCCUGAAGAUGUGUCUUCUAUACUGUAUUUCUCGGACAAAGCCCCGGAAGGCAUUGCGAAGGCACUGAAGGCAACUUUUCCCCAUUCAAAUGAGCUAGGUUUUUUAGCGUCGUCGACUCCUUUCAUCACAGGUCGACCAGUGACACUUUUCCAUGAUGGCGAGAUAUACUCAGAUGGAGCAAUCGGCAUUGCGCUUCAGCCUUCUCUAGGUCAUACUUCACUAACAGUCGAAUUUCCUGAUCUGGUCGAUCUGACUCCGGAUUUGCAAAUAACAAGCUCUGAGGGGAAUCUUAUACUCACGAUUGAUAAUGGAAACCCUACACGCCUCCUUCUUGCUGCAAUGAACAAACAUGGUCUUGAUGGUCGUGACGUCCUGCUCAAGGACGAUGAGUUUUAUGUUGGCGUCAUGAGUAACGGCAAGGUAGAACGGUUGCACCGCAUAACCUCGGGUGACCCUUCACGCGGCACCAUUGCCCUUGGGACAAUGAGUGCACCACCGCAGGGCUCCACCAUAAGAAUGCUUUAUUUGCCACGGAGGGAUGAAGUGACCCUGAACUUAAAGCCAACGCAUGGAAACACAUCCAUUUCAUUCAUCGCGAUACCUGAUUCCUUCGGUGAUGGUCCUCCAUCUUCAGCCCUUGACAACGACGUCCUUGUUAUUGAUGGAAAUUUCGUUGCUGGGUCUGAGAAUGGGUUUAUGUUGAGAAGAGGGGCCAAAGAGGAAGGCUGGAUCUGUACAUUGCCUGGUGGGCAGGCCUGCCUGCGUUGGACUUGAAGCAAGCUGCGGCUCUAGUCCACCUAUGGCAAAGCCUCCCUAUUGACUUUCUGUUUAUCGAACUGUUUUUGUUCUGUCCCGUCAUUGUCUGGUACUUCCCCUUUGACGAUACUACACGUUGCAAGUUAGCAUUAAACUUGGGAUUGGAUUAGGAGAUUAAUUAUGCGACCCAUGAGAACGGUUA